AUGCUUAGUCGUGCGAUUCACGACAUUUUUCACUUGAAGCGGCUUCAUGCGAUUGUGCCUGACCACUCCCUCGGCAUAAUUAUUAAGGAUAAACUAUGCAGAUUGAAUCUGAAACCGGCACUGCAGGACCUUAAGAGCUGCACAGAGCAGCAGCUAACACCUACACGGUCGAGGAGUGGACACUGGUGGGAUACAUCCUGCGUGCCCGACCCUUCGGCGCUCUGCCAACUUCUAGAAUGCUUAGCUUACUUUGAACUUGGGAAAGACAAGGUCACGACGGAUGCUAUGCAGCUGGUGCGGUCGUGCUUGCCCAGCAUGAAUAGUCUUUACCUCUCCAAGACUCUCGCGGCGUCUUGUGCUCUUGGCCAGCAUGAUACGUCUGGCCCGGCUAUUGCUUUGUUGGCAGCUGCGCUUAGAAGUGGUCCAGAGAGCGACCUCGCCGCAUCUGAUCUGACUUUACCUUGUGCAGCUACCACCACUUAUGUGAAUAUGGCGGGAAACACUUUUACAGUCCCUGACAGGUGUCUGGUGCAUGGGGGUUCAGGCAUUAUUCUUCUUAUGGAGUCUCUUCAAAGGGUAGAUGUACACCAAGAGGAGGUGUGGAGCCUGGUAGCCGAGCACUGCGUCCGUUUUCUUGAUAGCUUUGACGGCAAGGAGCUGUUUCGAAUCAUCGAGCUCUUUUACCUAGAGGGGUUAACUUACUAUCCAGACUUUUUUGUCGCUGCAGAGAGUCACAUCGCUCGUCAGCCCGCUUCUUUCAUGCCUGCCGAGCUAUUGCAGCGGGUGAUCACGUACUACAAGGAGCUCGGGCAGCCAGUCGUAUCACUGUUAUCAGCUAGUUCAGGGAGAUAUGCGGACGGGUUCAGCACUGGACUGGCAGUCGCAGCCGCGAAGGUGCGGGCAGUUGGUGGGAGUAACAACAAAAGUAGGUACGGUACCAAAAUGCGUGAUCGAAUGAGCACAAACGCAAGACCAUCUUCUGUCAACGCGCUUGAACGGCAAGGUAGUAAGCAUGACCAUUCCAUUGUGCCAGAGAGCUUUGUGGAGACGGCUUCCCGCACCUUCAGCGAGGUUAGCGCGCAAGAGUUGCUGGAGCUCAUUCAGCGGUGCGAGACAAAGAGUGUGAUGCAUUCUGACAUGGUCGAAGCUGCGGUCCGUCGUCUAGAGCAGCUUUAUUUCCCUGACAAGCUUGAUCAAGACGCAAUUUCACAAGACCCCUUGCUAUCCAAGAGCAAGGAGGUAUCGUCGGCAUUGAUGCUUAGUACAUCUGAAUUUCACUGUGUAUCUCAGUGUAUUCAUGCUUUGCUGGAUUUUCAAGAUCAGCUUCUAUUCCAUGGUGAUACUUCAAAUCGGAUAAGCGCCAUGUUGGAUUCUCUUGCACAGGCUCCUUUUCCUGAUAUGUGCCGCAACCGCCUCCUUUCUAUCGCUUAUAAUACAUUGAAUCACCUUCCCGCUGGCACCAAACCACCCUCUAUUUUUUACAAGGCACUUAUUGAGCAUAUCAGUCGCGCGAAGGACAUAUCAGCGAGUGAGAGCCCCGAACGACUGCGUCUGCUUACCUCAGUUCUCGUCGCCCUUGGUUCUUACGGAGGCCACGAGGUGCUAAAUCAAUACUUACCUGUGCUUUCGGUCGCAGUAGCCAACACUCCACGUAGAACGCAGAUUGAGCUUGCAGCAUUGCUUUCUGUGCACCCUAGUGCCUGCACUGAGCUGCUGCCGAACCUUUUCCGCCUUAUCGCGUUACAUAAAAAAUGGAGCCACCAACUCACAGUACCAGAGGUAAGAAAACUUCUAGAGGCGAUGACGCGCACGCAAACGAGGAGCAGCCACCUCGUGACCGGAAUUGUGCGGUUCAUUCAAUCCCAACGCAGCGCGAUUGAACCAGAGGAGUUGGUACGCUUUAUGCAUAGCUUAGUAUUUUUGGGCUUUCGUGACAUAGAUUUCUUUUCCUCCACAACUGAGCAUUUGCUAAACGCUGUUUCACCUGUCAGCCGCGCGCGGGCGUCGGUGCACGACCUCUGCGAGGUACUGUAUACCCUUACCUUUGUGUUGAAAGGGGUUAUUCGGGUAGUUCAGCAGGUGCUGGCUCGACUGAAAAUAUCCACUAGUCAGGUCACGCCGCGCGACAUAACCUUGUCGCUUUACAGCUUUGUUAAACUGCAUGUCGCGAGACAUCAAGAUAUCAGUGGGCCAUUCUGCGACCGCGCAGUUGCGAUCUUGUCUUCGUUUAAGCCCCAAGAGCUUACCAGCACCUUGAGCUCGUUGCGGGCACUGAAUUUCAACCACACCGCACUUAUCACAGCAAGUUACGGUGUUCUCUUGGGAGAAAUACGAGCGCGAGAAGAGUCCUCAAAAAGAGAUUGUAUCGCAAAUACAUUUACUCAAACUGACAACAGUGACCUACCAAUAUCAGGUGCUUGGCCACAUCACUUACAAGAUGAUCAGUUCAUUUCUAUGACCGCAACGGUAAUUCACCUCUUACACGCAAGUGCUACUCAACACCGAGAGAAUUCAAAGAACUGGAGGGGAGCGAGCCUUAGGGAGAGCCUAGACCCUGAUAAUUCCUUGCAGGCGGUGCAGCACGAUAAACCAGCGGUUGAUGCUGUUCACACAGGUAUCGUGCAUCCUCUUUGUGAUGUAGAACUAAGAGAUGCAUUCGCUCGGAUCUCCAUCCAUUUCCUGACCAACUUGACAGCGCAGGGCACUGUUCCCAAAUUUUACGCCACCAGUGCGAAUCCAAAUCGCUUUAUUGGACUUCAGCUGUAUCUUGUCAUCACGACUCUAGCAAUGUUUGAUCCGCCUGUGGAGCUAAGCAUGGGACAGUGGGCGAUGCUGGCCGUGCUGGCGGACUCAAAUGUGUUGCAGCUUCAGAAAGGCUACCCCACUACCGAGACCAGCGCCGCAGUCGAAGUUUUGGUUGCUUUACACAAGCUGCGCCGUACUGUCACGCCGGAUCUCCCUGAUGAAAAGGAAUCUAUGGGGGAGUGGGUGGCUGCAGUAGAAUCCUGGGCUGCUACUAUUCUUCCCAAACUUCGUAGCCAUGUGCGGGACAACUCCCACGUGGUGCUGGGGGACGUUAAACUCAAGGAGAGUUUGAAGGGCGUAGGGUUGCUGACGGAGAUUUCCCAAGGUGUUGGUGAGGUUAGGGAUGGCCUUUUUGCUUCCGGAAAGCCGUUAGGUGGCGCCAGUUCUCGAAGAUCUCGCAGCAAGACAGAUGGGCAAGCUCUGGCGCUUAAAAAUUUUUGGGGAGCUACUAAAAUCAAAUUGUCUUCCCCUGAAGAUGAGGAUGGCGCUGGCGUCAAGUUGUCACAGUCAGCAGGGGACGCAGAGGGGUCCAGACUAGAAGGAACACUCAGUGGCGCUAUUACUCAAUGGAGUGAGAAUAUUGUGGCAUCAGGGUCACAGAGGUGGACUUCGCAGCGAACUUCAAAGAGUAUUGGCGUUCAUACGGCUUCUGAUCGAUUCGCUGCGCCGCUUGUGGCCGCGUCUGAUGGAGAGGUGUUAAAGUCGAUUAAUAAGGAAGAGCCGCAGGGAAGAAAAGGUGUCACCGUAGCCACACGUUCUUCUAAAAAGAAGCUGAUUAACCGAUCGUCGAAGGUAAAGCCAAUAUCCAAGUGUGCUUCAGAAUUUUUAAUAUGA